AUGCCUGCUCAAAUCAAAAAGUACAAGGCUGCAGCUGUCCAAGCUGAACCCGGAUGGUUCGAUCUUGAGUUGUCUGUAAAGAAAACUAUCCAUUGGAUCAACGAGGCCGGCAAAGCAGGCUGCAAACUUGUUGCAUUUCCUGAAGUUUGGAUUCCUGGCUAUCCAUACUGGGCAUGGAAGGUCAAUUAUCAACAAUCUCUUCCUAUGAUCAAAGCCUACCGCGAGAACAGUCUCCCGUCUGAUUCGGAUGAGAUGCGCCGAAUUCGUGAAGCUGCCCGUGAGAAUGCUAUAUACGUCUCAUUAGGAUACAGUGAAAUUGAUUUCGCAUCUCUUUACAUCUCCCAAGUCCUCAUAUCACCUACUGGAGAAGUUCUCAACCACCGAAGAAAGAUUAAGCCUACCCAUGUUGAGAAGCUUAUUUAUGGUGAUGGAUCAGGUGAUACCUUCAAGAGUGUCGUUCAGACAGACAUUGGAAGAGUAGGACAGUUAAACUGCUGGGAGAAUAUGAACCCAUUUUUGAAGGCAAUGAAUGUCUCCGAGGGAGAACAGGUCCACAUUGCCGGCUGGCCAAUUUACCCACACGAGGAAACUCGUACUCCUUUAGACCCAUGGACUAAUGUCAGCAACCCCAACUCCGAUAUUGUUUCUCCAGCCUACGCCAUUGAAACUGGAACUUACGUCCUCGCACCAUUCCAACGUAUUUCCAAGGAAGGUGUAGACAAGAACACCCCACCUGGAGUCGAGCGUGAGGAUCCAAACAUCUACAACGGCAACAGCAGAAUCUUCGGACCUGACGGUCAACUCCUCAGCAAGGCCGAUGAAGACUUUGAGGGACUGAUGUUCGUUGAGAUCGAUCUUGAUCAAUCACACCUUCCAAAGGCUCUCGGAGACUUUGGUGGUCAUUACAUGAGACCUGACCUCAUCCGUCUCCUCGUUGACACACGCCGCAAGGAACUUAUCACCGAGGCAGACCAAGAUGGUGGAAUUGGUACUUACAACACCCAAGAUCGUGUUGGACUUAACAGACCUCUUGAUGCUCCUAAAAUUGAUGGUCCAAGCGGGGUUAGCAAGCAAGUGCUUUCCAAGAAGGCUUCUCCCAAAGCCUAA